AUGUCACUGAAAGCAAAGGCACUUUACACUUUCCAAAGUGAGAACAAAGAGGAGAUCAGUAUACAAGAGAAUGAGGAGCUUAUUAUCUUUGACGAGAACUCUUUAGAUGGGUGGUUGCAAGGAGAGAACAGCCGUGGUGAGAGAGGCCUCUUCCCAGCCUCCUAUGUGGAAAUAAUUCGGCCUCGCUCCAACUCCAACCUGACAGAUUGCUCUCUGAGCCCAGCAGGUUCCCCCGGCAAUGACUCGUCCUAUUUCCCUUCAGCCCCAAAUACACCUUAUCACAUGCAACAGACUUACUAUGAUGACGACGAUGAUGACUGGGAUGACUGGGAUGAUAGCUCUACUGUGGUUGAGGACGACGACCCUGGACGUGGAGUUGGUUCUAAUGGACAUGCCCAUCAGAGCCAAUACUCAAACCCUAAUGUGCACUACCGGCCUAAACCUCACAUGGAGAGGCAGGACAGCAUCUCUAGCUCCAGAAAGGGAAGCAUGGUUGGCAGGAACCUCAACCGCUUCUCCAGCUUUGUACGCUCAGGGGUAGAGGCCUUUGUGCUGGGCGAUGUCCCUAUGAUGGCAAAGAUAGCUGAGUCAUACACCAUAGAGAUGGGUCCUCAAGGACCACAGUGGAAGGAAAACCCCCAGCCUUUCACUUGCUCUAUUGAGGACCCCACCAAACAGACUAAGUUCAAGGGCAUUAAGACCUACAUAUCGUAUCGUGUGACCCCUAGCCAUACCACUCGACCCGUGUACCGCCGCUACAAACAUUUCGACUGGUUGUAUAAUCGGCUCCUGCACAAGUUCACUGUCAUCUCAGUGCCCCAUCUACCCGAAAAGCAGGCAACUGGGCGCUUUGAGGAGGACUUCAUUGAGAAACGCAAAAGGCGUCUCAUCUUAUGGAUGAACCACAUGACCAGUCACCCAGUUCUGUCACAGUAUGAAGGUUUUGAGCACUUCCUCAUGUGUGGUGAUGACAAGCAGUGGAAGCUGGGCAAGCGGAGAGCUGAGAAGGAUGAGAUGGUGGGUGCCCACUUCAUGCUUACCUUCCAGAUCCCCAGCGAGCACCAGGAUCUACAGGAUGUGGAGGAGCGUAUAGACUCUUUUAAGGCCUUCGCCAAGAAAAUGGAUGACAGUGUCAUGCAGCUAACACAUGUGGCCUCUGAGUUGGUGCGCAAGCACCUUGGAGGCUUCCGGAAGGAGUUCCAGAGGCUUGGCAAUGCUUUCCAAUCCAUCAGCCAGGCCUUCAUGUUGGAUCCUCCCUACAGCUCAGAUGCCUUAAACAAUGCCAUCUCUCAUACGGGCCGCACCUAUGAGAAUAUAGGUGAAAUGUUUGCAGAGCAGCCAAAAUAUGACCUCUUCCAUAUGCUGGACAAAUUGUCGCUGUACCAGGGCCUGCUGUCAAACUUCCCAGAUAUCAUUCACCUACAGAAAGGUGCAUUUGCCAAGGUGAAGGAGAGUCAGCGAAUGAGUGACGAGGGGAAGAUGGACCAGGAAGAGGCAGAUGGCAUACGGAAGCGCUGUCGGACGGUAGGCUUCGCUCUGCAAGCGGAAAUGAACCACUUCCACCGACGCCGUGAGGUGGACUUCAAAGAGAUGAUGCAGGCCUACCUUAGGCAGCAGAUUGCCUUCUACCAACGUGUGGGCCAGCAGCUGGAGCGCACCCUCCGCAUGUAUGACAACCUCUAGAUCUGGGUUCCGGCCCAGUGACCAACUCGUCCGUAAACCUAUGAGUUGAUACUACACUUCCUUACUGCUUGAUUGUCUUAUUACCUUCUCUCUAACUGACAGUUUAC